AGAAUUGAGGUUAAACAUCGCUUUCGUGGAGGAAGGAGAAGAAAGAGAGAGAACGUCUGUUAAAGGAAAAGCAGGGAGGAAGGAUCCUCGUUCGUCUUCCCAGCUGAACUUUCGUCUUCUUCGUCAAGCCAUAAUCCCGUCUCUUCUCCCUCGUCAACGUCGCCGAUCUCAUCUCAAAACGAUCCGAUCUCCGGAUCUGAAUUCUCGUACCUGCUAUGGCCAGCACCGGGAACAAGAACAUCAAUGCCAAAUUGGUGCUUCUAGGAGAUGUUGGAGCUGGAAAAUCUAGUCUAGUAUUGCGCUUUGUUAAGGGGCAGUUUGUUGAAUUUCAGGAAUCAACUAUUGGUGCUGCAUUCUUCUCUCAAACGUUGGCUGUAAAUGAUGCAACUGUCAAAUUUGAAAUCUGGGAUACAGCUGGUCAGGAAAGAUACCAUAGCCUUGCCCCAAUGUACUACAGAGGAGCUGCGGCUGCUAUAAUAGUAUAUGAUAUAACAAACCAAGCUUCAUUUGAGCGGGCAAAGAAAUGGGUACAAGAACUUCAAGCACAGGGCAAUCCAAACAUGGUCAUGGCACUUGCUGGGAACAAAGCAGAUUUGUUAGAUGCUCGGAAGGUCACAUCAGAGGAAGCUCAAAGCUAUGCUCAAGAGAAUGGCCUAUUCUUCAUGGAAACGUCGGCAAAAACUGCAGCCAAUGUCAAUGACGUUUUCUAUGAAAUAGCAAAGAGACUACCGAGAGUGCAGCCUGCGCCAAACCCAUCGGGGAUGGUUCUUAUGGAUAGACCUGCAGAGAGAACCGCAUCUGCAUCCUGUUGUUCUUAAAUGGAGUGGUUUGUGCUUUUCUUUUGAAGUCCAAUGUAUCUUUACAUGAUGCCUUUGCAGUACACACUAUGAAUUCUUAUUGGCUUGUUCGGCAGUCUAUAUCUUAGAACUGUACAUGGAUGGAUGCUCAUUUUAGUACAUAUGCGUGAAAUCAUGUGACUUGUCUGCGUAUACGUAAAUCGGGUUGACUCUACGUGCUGCCAUUACGUUGUAUAAAUAUCACUACGGUUAGCCUGGUAGGUGGGGAAUCGAAGUGUGAUUUGUGUCGGGAUG